AACACCACCAACCCAUCCAUCCACCUAUCCGUUCACUCACCGAUCCAUCGCCGUCGCGUCGAGAUGAAUGAACACACCGGCGACACGCCGCCAUCGCCCAAACGGAAGAAAGCCCGUUCCAAGUACGCUCAACGCGCAUGUGUAACAUGCCGCCGCUCCAAGCUGAAGUGCUCCGGCGAGAACCCCUGCCAGCGAUGCGCCGAGAAUGGGAAGCGCUGCUUCUACUCAGAAGAAAAGUCCGCCGCCGAAGCUCUUCAAACCCUCAGUCGACCCACACCCUCGCAACCGCCGCUCUCAAAUGCCUUGCCUGCAUCCAAUGGCAAUGGAAUUAACAGGCGGAGCAUCCUUCCACGACACGAUGUAGAGCGCCGCGCGAGCGAUGCCAGCGUGCUCGGCCUGUCCAUGGAGGGCCGCAUGGCGCGCAUAGAAAGCAUGAUGGAGAUGCUGAUCCAGGAAAGAACCGUCACACCGAGGAUGAGCGCUGAGCGGGAAGAGGCCAUCACCAUUGGCGAUGCUAUGCUCACAGACCCUGCUUUGCAGCCCUCCACGGUCGAAUCCUUCUUCCCCAGCUUUGUUCAACAGAGACCCCAGAGCUUCCAUCUCGACUCAUCCGAGCGACCUCGCCUGUCGGUCCCCAUCGUUACAAGCCCACCCAGUGGCACCGAAUCUCCCAUGUCCAUUCGCCUGGGCUCUAGGACCUUCGCCUUCCCGCCGCCCGUUGAUUAUCACAAAGCCGUCAACUUCUUCUUUGCCGACCUCAGCCCGUAUUAUCCGUGUAUCAACGAGGCCGACUUCCGUAUGCGGAGUGAAAGAAUGCUUGCGACCCCAUCUUUGCAGCCCUCCGAUGUCUGUUUCCUGGCCCUAAGCUAUAUGGUUUUAGCCUGCGCCGACAUCGCCGUGGAGACGACUUCCUCCAGGGCUGGCAUCAAGCCAGCAGGAUGGUCCUGGUUUCAAGCCGCUGACGAGUUGCUGGAUAAGAAGGUAGUGGUUGGACAGGGCGAUUUGACAAUGAUACAGUAUUUGCUGUUGAAGACCGUAUACCUUACUCACGUCGACGAACCCGAUGCUGCUUACAACACCGUGAGCAUAGCCUGCAGAUUAUGCUUUCAACUCGGUAUCCACCAGCAAUCGUCAUGGCGGAAACAUACGCCUUUCGACAUCCACAUGCAACAGCGCAUCUUUUGGGUGACUUAUGUUCUGGACAAACUCAUCUCCCUCGGUUGUGGGCGCCCUUAUUGUAUUCGUGAAUCCGAUGUAGACACAGAGUUAGCUGCAUAUCUGUGUGACAAGGACCUCCAUCCUGACCGACCUCUGCCUGAUUCCGAUGCUAUUGAAUCGUUUGUAGUUUAUCUGAAUACCAUGGUUUCCUGGAGUCAAUUUGCGGCAGAGGCGUGGGAUAACUACUUUUCCGCUCCAACGUUGUCCGGGCGCAGUCCAAAAGAUACCAAUGCAGGCGUGUUCAGCGCGCGCCUCAUUGCAUGGACCGAGCUUUCACUGCCGAUGUAUCCUCUCUUGCCAGACAUUGGAUCCGACCGUUCACCUGAAUUCAGACAGCUUCGCCAACACACGUCGAUUCGUGUGCGUCUGGCCGAAUUGCAACUUCUGCUCUACCGUCAGAGCAUGCUCUCUCUCCGAUAUACCGAGGAGAUUGGCCGUGCGUGCGGUCAACUCGCAAUAGAUAUAGUCCAACGCGUACGAAACCACACGGUCGAGCCUAAUCACCCCAGCUCGUUUCGAUUCACCAUGGCAACUGCACUUGGGCACGCUCUCCUGAUCUUCACGACCUUGUUGGUUCGUGAUCUUGCUGUCAUUGGCCUCAAUGACGCGUGGAAAGACUAUGCUGAUGCAUAUGAGGAUGCUGUAGUGCUUCUCCAAGAUCUAUCCACGCAUCUUGCCGUCGCAGCCCGUGUCGUGGACGAUUUCGCGAGCAUCGCUCCAAUCGUCAAAGGUAUCAUAGCUGAAAAAAGACGUGAAUCCGAGUUUCCUCAAUUCUUGCUCCCAGCAAACGUGCGGGAGCUCCUCCCCUACACGUCACUGGAUUUUGCGCAACAGUCCAAUACCGGCGGAUUAGAAAUGGACAGAAAUAUGACAAAUGUGGAUGCAUCCAUGCUUUCUAACACUUCGCCUUUGGAAUUUGAGAUCGGUGCGAGGAGGGGAAGAUGCGGUGUCCUGUGGAUUUGA